UUCAUUUACUGCUGACUAACACAUGAUUCAGAUCACAUGAUAACAGUUUUGUCAACAAGAUAGUGACAAUGAGGAUGCUUUUGCUUUUAAUUUUUCUUGUCGGUCUAGCUGCCAGCACUCCUCUGGUAGGAAAGAAUGAAUGUUCAUGGGGCCCAUCCUAUUGGUGCAGUCAUGCAAAAAAUGCCAAAGCCUGUGGUGCAGUGCAGCACUGCCUGGAUACAGUGUGGAGCAAACAGACCAUAGCUGAGGAUCCCCAGUCAACAAGCUGUAGCCUUUGCAAAAUGGUUGUCAAGGAGACAAGGAAAAUGCUGAAAAAUAAAAGUACAGAAAAGAUAGUUGAUUUCUUCACCAUGGCCUGUCAGUUCAUGCCAGAUGAAAACCUGAAGAAAGAAUGCAGUUUCCUUGCCUCUGACUCAAAGAUGUUGAUCAAACUUUUGGAGAGUAAGAUUUCUGAUGGUCAGCUGUGUGCCGCUGUCAAGCAGUGCAAAGGUUUUGAAGACAGAACCCAUGAGCUUCCCCCAAAAGUCCCUGAGAUGCCUGGUAACACAACAAAGAUCUGUAAGGAUUGUGUGGCCUUUUUUGGUGACAUCAAACAGAUGAUAUCUGACAAUGCUACAGUUGAGCAGAUAAAAGAUAUGUUAAAGAAUGUAGUGUGUACACAGCUGUCUUCUUCAGAGGGUCUGUGUGAUUUUGUUGUUGAUGAGCUCGUCCCAGAACUUUUGCAGGUGCUUGGUGGAGAGGUGGAGCCUCAGGUCCUUUGUAACAUGCUUGGUUUCUGCCAAGGAACCAACAUUUAUAAGGCACUGGUCUCAAGAAUUCAAUUUAGGACAGAACUGAAGAAAAUUAACAAGGGUAAGAUUGGUGGGACUGAAGAAUGUGACAUGUGUAAGGAGGUCAUGACAAAGGUCAGGGAUAUGGACCGUGACCCCGCUAACCAGGAGAAGGUUAAAAAUUUUAUCAAGACAGAAUUAUGUGAGAAACUUGGAGCUUUGGCAGAUCAGUGUAAGACAGCAGUGGAUGAGUAUGGAGGUAUUCUCUUUGAGCUGAUUGCCAGUGAACUGGACCCUGCCUCAGUCUGUACCAUGCUGGGAUUCUGUAAGUCUGCAUCAUAUGUUGCUGCCAAACCAAUCUUACCAGGGGUACAGAUGAAACCAAAGGUGGAGAUACAGGCAAAACCAAAAGCUGGAGAGUUGUGUGAUUUGUGCCAGAUGGCAAUCAAUGAGCUGGAUUCAAUGAUUACCAAAAAUUCAACUACACAAGAGAUAGAACAAGCCCUUGCUGCUGUAUGUGACCGUUUGCCAGCCCAGUUCAAAGAUGAAUGUAAAGACUUCGUGAAGCAGUAUGCUCCAGCUAUUCUGGAUAUCAUUGGACAAGAGUUAGAUCCCCUUAGAGUCUGCACACUUCUCAAAUUGUGUACAUCUGAGUCCAAGAAACUAGACAUUAAAAAAUUGGAACAACCUCUCCAUUCCACAACCGAGUGUGUGUUGUGUGAAAUGGUUAUGAAGGAGGUAGACACCAUGCUUCAGGGAAGUCAGGUCAAAGAGGAGAUCGAGGUGGCCCUUAAGUCUGUGUGUAAUCGUCUGUCCUCCGCUGAGUUAACUAAAGAAUGCACCAGCUUUGUCAUGCAGUACACAGAAAUUUUGGUUGACUUGUUGGUCAAGAUGCCUCCUAAGGAAGUCUGCACCACUCUGGGCCUGUGCACUGCUGCCAAGAAGCAAGCCAAACAAGAACUACACCAUGUCAAACUGAUCUCAACAAAAAAGAAUGGUCUUUUACACCUUGACAGUACAGCCUCAGUGGAGUGUGUUAUAUGUGAAUAUGUGAUGUCAGAGGUGGAUGAUAUUUUGAAAGAGAACCGCAGCAGACAGGCCAUUGAGAAUGCCCUACAGACUGUGUGCUCUAAACUCCCCUCCACCAUCAGUAAGGAAUGCUCUGACUUUGUGAACCAGUAUGCAGACCUUGUGAUCAAUCUUCUCAUCCAAGAGGGGGAUCCAAAAACUGUCUGCACAGAACUGAAGCUGUGCCAAGCCGGUGAUUUAAAAACAAAGCAGCACCUAGCAUCAAGUGUUGGGGCAUCACCAGAAUGCAUUCUCUGUGAAUUUGUUAUGAGAGAAGUAGACAACAUUCUUCAACAGAACCGCAGCAGAGAAGCCAUUGAGAAUGCUCUUAAGAUGGUGUGCUCUAAACUUCCCUCCACCAUUAGUCAGGAGUGCACUGACUUUGUUAACCAGUAUGCAGACCUUGUCAUUAACUUAAUCAUACAAGAGGGAGAUCCAAAGAUGGUCUGCACAGCUCUGAAACUCUGCUCAAGUGACCUGAAGAAGGCACUUAUUGAUUCCAUACAGUUCCUUCCCAUCCCAGGGCAAGUUUCUGGUGUAAAGCUGGGAGAUGAGAAAUGUGAAGUAUGUGAGAUGAUUUUGAAUUACUUGGAUGAAGCCCUGAAGGAGAACAAGACAGUAGCUGCCGUGGAGGCCCUGUUAGAUCAAGUCUGUAACUUCCUACCCACCACAUUCAAAGAGGAGUGUGACACACUGGUGGCUCAGUAUGGACCUGUUAUUGCCCAGCUGAUUUCUCAACUCAUGGACCCCAAAAAGAUUUGUGAGGAGAUAAAACUGUGUGCCUCCAAAUCUCAGGUGAAACAGUCACCCAUUUACCAUCUGAUGAAGAAACUGAACAGUGCCAAUAAAGACACCAAGUUGUACUUUAAAAAUAAACAACAUCUACUGGGCGAGAAAGAGUGCACAUUUGGGCCAUCUUACUGGUGUGCCAGCCAGGAAAAUGCCAAGAAGUGUCAGGCUGAGGAGCACUGCAGAACAAAAGUAUGGAAUAGAAAUUAAAGCAAUUCAGCAAGACACAGGAGAUUAAAAUAAUAGACUUGGUGAAUUAAGACCAGAAAUAACCAUUUUAAAACCCAUAUAAUGGUUCAAAAUGUGAUAUCAUUUAGUGAUUGCCAUUUUGUGUAUAUACAUCCUUGUAGAUUUAUAUUUUCUAAGAAAUCUACAAAGUACGUUUUUUCGUUAUUUAUGCUUUAUUUUAAGUGAAUUUCUGUUUGGAGUUUUCUGUAUUGUAAGUGUACAUGUAUUAUAAAGCACUGUAAAGUAAAUACAGUUAUAAAUAUGGGCUUACUAUAUACAGCAAUCCAAAGUGUACAUAUACCACUCUCAUAAACAGGACACUGUGAAUCAUUUUUAUUGAAAAAAUCAAAUAGACUGAUGUCCAGUCAGUAAAUAAUUUAGUAAUCUGAACAAUAAUUUUUUUUCCAAAAUGUUUUUCUAAGUAUUGAAGGUGACUGUAUUUUUUUGUCACAGAUAUUAUAAUAUGAGAAUAUCAAUAUUAUGUUUAUUGAGUGUAUAAUUGUAUACUUAUCAGGUAAUACAUGUACAUGUAUGAUAUUGAUUCUAGUGUGAAAGAUUGAAAAUUUAUCUCCUACAUCCAUCUUUUGAAAUAUAUUGUAAUAUAAAUGGGUAAUAUUUGUAGAUCAAUCAAGUAAUAACAUAUAAAUUAUUUUCUUCCUAACAGAACUGCAAAUUGACUUAAAUUGUACUUUUGAGGUAUCAAAUCAUGACUAUUUUAAGUUGCAGAAAUUAUCCAUUACCGAAUGUGUGUCAGUUUAUUGCCUUCUUGCUUUAGUGUAAUAUCUCAUUGCCCUUAAAUCUUCAUUAUUUUUAUUUUAUUGAUGUGAAUCUUUUCUCAGUUGUAUAUAUGAGUGCAAAGAGGGCAGGUACCCUUGAUAUGUAGAAUAUAGAACAAUUCACCAAAAAUAUACUUAAUAAUUAUUAACCAAGUAUUUCUGUUUAUGGAUGAUGUAUGCACUAAUUUUUUUUAUUUGUAUAUUUAGUGCUAAUGGAACUUUAUAAUAAUAAUUUCAGGAUCUGUUACAUUCCAAUUACAGGUAAAACAAGAUACUGAUAAGAUUAUGAUCUGAAUCGUAGAGAUGUUUCUCAAAAGUUGUACUAAAUUUGUAUCAGAACCCCAGUUUAAUCAUUUACCCCGGUACUAAGAAAAAUUCAUGGUUGGAUGUUCUACUUUUCAAAUUGUUUUUGAUCUAAAAUUUUUACCAUUAAAGUUCAAAUAUGUUAA